AUGCCGCCUGCGCAGGUGGAGAAGGUCAUCGUCAGCUCUAGGAUGGCCGACUCCCCUUGCGUGCUGACCACCUCCGAGUAUGGCUGGUCAGCCAACAUGGAGCGCAUCAUGAAGGCGCAGGCCCUGCGUGACAACUCCAUGACUUCCUACAUGGUCUCCAAGAAGACCAUGGAGGUGAACCCCAAGCACUCCAUCAUGGCGGAGCUGAAGAAGAAGGCCGCGGCCGACAAGUCUGACAAGACCGUGAAGGACCUGAUCUGGCUCCUCUUCGACACCUCGCUGCUCACCUCUGGCUUCAACCUCGAUGAGCCCACGCAGUUCGCUGGCCGCAUCCACCGGAUGAUCAAGCUCGGCCUCAGCAUCGACGAUGACGAUGAGGGCCUGGGUGAUGACGACGACCUGCCCCCGCUUGAGGAAGUCGAGGGCGCGGCCGAUGAGGCCUCCAAGAUGGAGGAGGUCGACUAG